GGGUGGGGCCUGCUCAGUCCCAGCAGCUGCAGCCACAGGACUCAAGUCUCUGCCUCCAGAAGCAUCCACCUUCUUCACCUGCUCCCCAAACCAGAGAUGAUCAGGGAGCAACACGAGGUGUCUGUGCUGGGGGAUCCCCAGAACCCAGGGCCCGUGAUGUCCACCGUGGUCAACAUCCAGACUGACACAGUGGUGCCCGACCACAUCGUCUGGUCCCUGUUCAACACCCUCUUCUUCAACACAUGCUGCCUGGGCUUCGUGGCGUUCGCCUUCUCCGUGAAGUCUAGGGACCGGAAGAUGGUGGGAGACGUGAUUGGUGCCCGGAGCUAUGCAUCCACCGCCAAGUGCCUGAACAUCUGGGGCGUGGUCCUGGGAAUCUUUAUGAGCAUCGGACUCAUUGUUCUCCUGGUCUUUGUGCUCCCGGGAGUCAUUCAUUCCGUGAUGCCUAACAGACCCUUCUAGUCGCCACCAUGGCAGGUGGCCGAGUCCUCCCCACCCCCUGCUGGCCCUCCUGGGCGCCCACCCCUUUCCCCUGCACCUGUACACACACCUGUCUGCAGCUGAGCUCAAUAAAGUGCACCUGUGCGUGACAA